AUGAUCGACCUCACCUGGAAUAAAAUUGGAGACGCUGGUGCUAAGGCAUUGGCUGAGAUGCUAAAGGUGAAUACCACCCUCAGAGUUCUCGGCCUCGGUGCAAAUCAGAUUGGUGACGUUGGUUUUGAGGCAUUGGCGGAUGCCUUGCAGCACAACAAGACCCUCAGCAAACUCAUCCUCGACACGGAUAAUUCGGAGGCAUGGAAUCGAAUCAGGGAGCGCCUCAAGGCAAACCGAGAAGCUGCUGUAGAGGCAUUGGCGGAAGCAUUGAAGCACAAUAAGACCCUCCCCAAGCUCGACCUCGCUACUUAUGGAUUUGGUGUUGCUGAAGUUCAGGUUUUGGCCGAAGCGUUGCAGUUCAACACCACCCUCACCAACCUCAACCUUUCUGGACUUCAGAUUGGUGAUGAGAGUGCUGAGGCUUUGGCAGCUGCAUUGCGGCACAACAAGACCCUCACCAAGCUCCACCUCGGUGCAAAUCAGAUUGGUCGCUGGGGCUUUGAGGCAUUGGCGAAUGCCUUGCAGCACAACAAGACCCUCACCAACCUCGACUUCAACCGGGAUCAUUUUGGCCAUUAUGAAAGCCACCCUUACCAGGCAUGGAAUCGAAUCUGGGAGCGCCUCAAGGCAAACCGAGAAGCUGCUGCAGAGGCUUAA